CAUGCACGGUACCGCUAAUUGAUGGGCUGGGCUAUUUGUAGUAUGCGUUUACUCGCGGAGUAGCUCGCGAAGAGUCUGACACGGACUAGCUACAGUAGUAGAUAGCAUGCGGGAGUCGAUAAACGCCCUUCGUUGUGACUUCUUGUGCCUCCAAGGUACACGAGCAAGCAGACCCGGUCGAGGUAAGCCUGUGCUAAUUCGCAUAUUGGCUUGCUCACUUGGUUUUCACACCAUAACUUUUGAACGCAGCCUUUUUGCCGAUGAAUCCGUUUGUAUCGAUUAUGUUGUCUCGCGCGUAGUCGCAGAAAACCAUAACAGA